CGACAGCCGCCGGAGGAGCCACAGGUUGGGAGGCUGCGAGAUACACCCAGAGGCACAUGCCAAGAGAUUCCUGCAAACCUACCCCAGGAACCUCUGGCAACAUCUGUAAUGUCAAAUUUCAAGAGAGUUUUAUUGCAUGUUUGGAGGGAGACCAGGUGAGCUUGAGAGGAAAGGGCCUUUCCACCAGGAGAAUGACACUCACAGCACUCAGUAUCAGAGCUUGAGUGGCUGCGGAUUUACACAGAAAGCUCUGCCGUCCCUCUCUCGUGUCCCAUGGGCAGUGCAGUGACCAUCUUCUCCAUCCUUUGUGGGGCCUUUGCCAUGGCCAGCACCAUCACCUCGCUCUGCACAGACUGUUGGCAGAUUAACAGCAAAGGCUCAGUUGUUCUGAGCACCCGGUGUCGUGGCCUCUGGAGAGAAUGUGUCUGGGACAAGUUUGUGAAGAUCUGGACCUGUGAUGUUUUCAGCUCCUACCUGAAUCCACAUCCAGCUGCAAUCAUUCUCACACGGACGCUGCUGAUCACUUCCAGCAUUGCUAGUGCUGGUGCAUUUCUCUGCCUGCUGUUGGGAUUUAAAUAUUUCAGCUGCUGUCAGGAACCUCUGGCUAAACAACAGUGGCUCUGCCUGGCUGCCGGACUCUUCUUCCUUGUAGGCAUUUCAACCUCUGUUGGUGUCAUAAGAUACUGCGUGUAUGUCUACUCCCUGCACCAGUACGAGGUGUCUCUAAAAAUCCCAGGAUUCCCAAGCUUUGAAUACGGCUACUCCCUAUGGAUGGCUGUGGGGGGCAGCCUAGGGGCUAUUGCUGCAGCUGGUGUAUCCUGUUAUGAAGUCCUGUUUAAAAAAGAUCCCAGGGCAAAUGCAAAUGCAGUGAAGGAAGUAUCUGGGAGUGGGUGCACUGCUGGCAUGGACAUUGUGCGUACGUAUGUGUGAGCGAGAAGAGAUCUCCUGAGCCGGAGGACAUCAGCAAUGUCACCGAAAGUCACAGCUUGGUGACGUUUGACACAGCUCUGUGCGUGGAAAGGCUGGGAGACCUGCUAUGUGAGCGUUUCUCAGAUACUGGUUCCCAAGGAUUAGGCUCAAGUAAGGGAUACAUUUGACAGGUUUCCCUGCUAGAUUUCUAGAAAUGUUUUUGGUAUCUACAGUCAGAUGGAACAGGCCGUGCAACUUCUCCCCAGCUCUCCUGUCCCAUGCUAUUCGCAUAUUGCUUUGGCCUGCUUUGCAUGCAGUAAAUAAAAUGCCAAACUAAAGUUUGAGUCCAGGCAGGUAAAAGCGACUUGCUAAUUCGGUGCCCUGGGCUGUCAUAUGGGCCAAUAGAGACAAUGUGAUGUGAACACUACGUCCAUAGUGCCCAAUAUGUAAUCACAUUCCCUUUGUUUUAGCCUUUGAACACCUCAUUUUCUGUACUGCUUUUGGAGGUUUUCCCCUACUUGGCAUUGGAGGCUUCAGCUGGAGGCAGUUCUGGGCAGCACACUUAAAGAAAGAUGUGGGCAAACUGGCGAGAGUACCCUGCAGAACCCCCAAAAACGAUGCAAAGUUUAGAAAACCUGACCCACAAGGAAAGGUUCAAAAAAUUGCGCACAGUCAAUCUUGAGAAAAGACGGGGGGCACCCAUGGGUGGCGGGUAUAAUAGGCUUUGCCUUCCCUGGCAUUGCUGUUGACCCACCGCUGGACAACUGGGCCACGAUGUCCCCCGCCUCUCCUGAGACCCCCACCGCCUCCUCCACUCCAUCCCCCGCCUCUCCUGAGACCCCCACCGCCUCCUCCACUCC